CACCUCGUGCUGAGUUCGUCGUUGACCCUUGCGCUAUCAUGUAGCUCAACCCUUGCGCUAUCAUGCAGAGGCCGGAAUAAUCAUAUUCCUUUAUCUAAAAAAGCUCGCCGUGUCUGACUCAUAACCCCGGAGAAAUAAUUUGCAGCUCGCCAUUUCUGACUCAUAACCCUGCAGCUAUAACCCAGCUGCAAUCACACAGGCACACACAAUCGUGGAGCCGAACUAAAGAAGACCAAAGUUUCCGCCUUCCUCCUGCCUCGUAGUCGUUGUGAUCGAUCGAUUCCUCCUCGCUAUGUCCAAGAAGAUGGUGCUCAAGGUGGACGUCGUCGGCGACGGGUGCAAGGCCCAGGCCAUGAGCUCCGUCGCCAAGCUCGAAGGGGUGAAGUCGAUGGCGGUGGACGGGGAGAAGGGGACGCUGACGGUGGUGGGGGACGUGGACGUGGUGCGCGUGGCCAAGGCGCUGCGCAAGGCCAAAUUCGACGCGCACGUCCUCAGCUUCGGCCCGGAGAAGGUGGAGGAGAAGAAGCCCGACCCGCCUGCCAAGAAGCCAGCCGACGAGCCCAAGCCGCCGCCGCCCUGUUGCGCCGGCUGCAGCGCCUGCCGUCCACAUCCGGUUCCGGCGGUGGCGCCCUUCCCCGGUGGCGUCGUGUACUACGAGCAGCAGCCCGAGGGCCACGGGUGCGUCAUCCUCUGAUGGUCGCGAGAUUCUUUCUCCCUGUGCAAGGCAGGCAUGGAUUUUUUGGUUUUGAUAAAUUUUAUCUUUAAAGAUCAAGUAGCAUUUGUGUAUGUUUUGAUACAAACGGAUUAAAGCCUGGUAGACAAUUCAUUUUGUAUGUUUUCUCUCGUGGAUCUUUU